AUUUUAAGGUAGAUUAUGUAUAAAUGAGAAGUGCGGAGUGCAUGGUGUAGUGUGUGCACACAGAUUACAAUAUUGAAUGGCUACUCCAAAAGCUGCUGCCACAAGCAACUUGGGUAGUUCACUUGCCGUAGAAAAUGUUCAACUUCUUGCUUCCGAGGAUUUCAAGGAUAUCCCUCCUAGAUAUGUUCGACCAGAGUUUGAAUCGGAAGAAAUCUUGGAUGAUCAUUCCAUCAAGAUUCCAGUUAUCGACAUGGACAAGCUUGUGACUGGACAACUAGGAUAUGAUGAGGAAUUGCAAAAACUUCAUUUAGCAUGUAAAGAUUGGGGCUUCUUCCAGUUGAUAAAUCACGGUGGUAUAGAGAUCAUCGAAAAAAUGAAGGCGGUGACAGAGCAGUUUUUUAGUCUGCCACUAGAGGAAAAGAUGGAGUGGGCACAGCCACCAGAUGACAUUGAAGGCUAUGGACACCUUUUCGUUUUCUCAGAGGACCAGAAGCUUGACUGGGCUGACGUCUUCUUCCUUUAUUUACUUCCUGUUUCACUCAGAAAGAUGAGGCUUUGGCCAGAAAAGCCAGUUUCAUUCAGAUCAAGUCUAGAUGAGUACUCAAAAGAGAUUCACAGGAUUUCAAUGAGCCUCUUUCGGUUGAUAGAAAUAAACCUGGGAGUUGAGCCGGGCAACCUGAGCCGUCUGUUUGAUCAGGAUUGCAAGCAAGGAAUCAGGCUCAACUAUUAUCCACCCUGCAAGCAUGCUGACAAAGUCAUUGGCCUUACGCCUCACUCGGACGCUGUUGGCCUCACUCUUCUGGUUCAGGUUAACGACAUCCAGGGAUUGCAAAUGAAGAAAAAUGGCAAAUGGUUGCCUAUCAUACCAGCUCCGGGAGCAAUCAUCGUCAACAUAGGUGACAUGCUUGAGAUUAUGAGUAAUGGAGAAUAUAGUAGCAUUGAGCACAGAGCUGUAGUGAAUUACCAAACAGAACGCAUAUCUCUUGCAACAUUUCAAAUGCCAGAUCUAGCCACAAUGCUUGGUCCAUUGCCCGAGCUCGUCGAUAAUAAUCAACCGAAAUUUGUGAAGAUGAGCAUAGAAGAGUUUUUAAGAUUGAACCUCCGGAAUAGACUCGACGGUAAGCGCCUGUUGAACGAAAUGAAACUUAAAUACUGAGGAGAAGGCGUGGCGUGCAGAAUCAAUAAAAGGUUCCCUUCCCUUAACCGGGAAAACAUGUGUACUGGAUUCUAUGUACUCUACCGUGUGCUUGUAAUAAAUUUCAUAGUGUAUUGCUGGCUUUUAUGCUUC